UACACAGAUAGUCAUCCAGUCAUCAAUACUAGACUUGCUGGUACACCGGUUUCUUCUCAGUGCUUCUUGGGAGAGCUUCAGCAGUCUCUAAUCGACAACAAUGCUUCAAAACAAUCUUCUCCAGAAGGUAUCUGAGAACCAUAUCUGUAAGGCAUUCGGUAUUAAAGUCGUCAAAAGCAAUGAGGUCAUUCUUCUAGCGAAAGCCGCUGGAUAUGACGCCGUCUUUAUUGACCUCGAGCAUUCAGUUCUUUCUACCCAAGAUGCAAGUAUAUUAUGCUCCUCGGCACUAUUAUCGAAGAUUACACCGUUUGUACGUGUGCCAUACCAGUGCGGCCAGGGAUUUGUGCAAAGGGUGCUUGAUGGAGGAGCGAUGGGUAUUAUAUUCCCGCAUAUAAAUACGGCAGAGGAUGCCAAGAGGGCAGUUUCGACAACAAAGUUCCCCCCUCACGGCAAACGCUCCCUCACGGCAGCAGUACCCCAAUUUGAAUUUCAAAGAGUCGGUGCUAAGGAUGUAAUACAGCAGCUUGACAGUACAGGGUCAACUGUUUUCAUCAUGGUUGAAACUGUUGAAUGCCUCAAUAAUAUUGACGCAAUUGCCGCCAUGCAAGGCGUCGACGUCCUCCUGAUAGGCGCAAACGACCUGUCCCUAGAACUUGGUAUUCUAGGGGAAUGGGAGCACUGGAAGUUUCAAAAUGCCCUACAUAAAAUCGCAAACGCGGCGCAGAAAAGCGGAAAGAUACUUGGGGUGGCUGGCUUGUAUGCUCGUCCCGAUAUCUGCAAAAUGCUGGUGAGGGAGCAUGGGGCUAGAUUUGUGCUGGGGCAUCUUGACGUGGGCCUGUUAGCCAUGGCUAUGAAUAGAAAUGUUGAAUUGUUGAGAGAUAUGGAGAUGUAAUAAUACAUUCACAAGGCUUAAUGAAUGAAUAAUGUUGCCAAAUUACUACCA